CUGGUGUCGCAGGCCUAUUCUGUUUCAUCCUCAAACAGAACUCCAGAUAUUUAAUUAAACGCUGAAAUUAGCGCGAGGAAUCCUUUGGCCUAGAAGAAUAUCCACCCUGGCCUUCAUGAUGGCUCAAACAACUGUCGUUGCCUUCGAUAUUUACGGUACCCUACUAUCGCCCGGAUCCAUAGCAGAGGACCUGGAACAGUAUGUCAAAUAUGACAAGGAGCGUGCCCAGUCAAUUGCAACAUUGUGGAGGCGCUACCAGCUCGAGUAUACGUGGCGAUUGAAUAGCAUGUGUCGAUACAUAUCCUUUGAAGAAGUCACACAUAAUGCGCUUAUCCAUGCUUUGCGUGAUACGGGGACGUCGGUAGGGGACGACGAAAUCAAAAAGCUGCUUCUGAUGCAUGACAACAUGGCCGCGUUCCCCGACGUGGAGCCAGCGUUGGAUCAGCUGGCAAGGGCUCAGAAUGUGAUGCCUAUUAUCUUCACUAAUGGUACUUCGAAUAUGGUAUCCAAGUCCAUCCUUCAGUCAGGCCCACUGUCGCACCAUAGAGAGACAUUUAGAGACCUUGUUAGCGUCGACGAUGUUCGAAAAUUUAAGCCCGCACCGGAGGUCUACAGGUAUUUGGCCCAAAGAGUGGGAAAGUGCGUGCCAGAAAUGAAAGACAUCUGGGUGAUCAGCUCCAAUCCUUUCGACAUAAUAGGGGCGCUCCACGUGGGCAUGAGAGUCAUUUGGAUUGACCGAUCCGGGAAAGGAUGGGCGGACAGAGCGGUGCCGGGCCUGGAGCCGACAGCGGUUGUCAAUAGUUUGGAUGAAAUUCUACAUGUCAUUCAAGACCGUACGGGUUAAUUCGGUGGUUAUGGUUAUUAGCCAAUCUACACCAAGCGACGCAAAAAUUAAGGGUGUACGCUGUAAAUAUUUCCAAACGCUCCACAAAAAGAAGAAGAAUUUGGGGUAAGGCAGCCAGUUACUCUAACCUCCCAUUUCCCCUCCAAGGGCCCAUGGUGUUGUGAACCUCAGAGUGAAU